CUCACCAUUCAAGCAUUUGACGCCAACGACAUAUCAGAACGCGCCUUCCGACUCUCCACGAUACAAUCACGCGUCAUAACCCCUCGACUCAAGCUGCACCUGGCGCAACUGUCCAAAUCCCUGCUAGUCGUCCAUGCGCAACGCGCCGCGCUCAUUCCCCGUUUCGAGGUGAGGGAAGCGCAUAGCAGAGAAGACGUCCAUUCACCGUCAUGUCGGGGCCGCCGGGGCCAGGACCUGCAAGAGCUAUGAGCGUGGGAAACAAUGGUCCGCCCAGCGCUGGCCUUCCGCCUCACAACACCAUGGCGCCCCAGCCAGUCCCUCCGUCUGCGAGCGCUUCUGGGCCGCAGACACAACAAAACUUGAAUCAAAUUGUCCUAGAAUACCUCUCCAAGAAGGGCUAUGUUCGCACCGAGGCCAUGCUCCGCAAGGAGUCCGAACCACAAGCCAACGGCCAGUCUCUCGUACCCCACAGCACCGAAGUGGGCGGCUUGAAGUACACCAAGGCCUUCGAGCUGAUACGGAAAUACACAGAGGACAACUUGGAUCUGUACAGGCCAGAACUGCGCAAGCUGCUGUGGCCCAUGUUCGUGUACUCGUUCCUCGACCUCGUGCGGGAGUACUUUUCCAAGGAUGCUGAGACCUUCUUCGCGACAUACCAAGGCUUGUUCGAACGCGACCAUGAAGAAGAUAUCAAGACAAUGCGCCAGGUACGGCUACCCACACACAUCAAGGAGAGCCGCAUCGCAAAGCUUUACACCGAGAACAAGUACCGCGUGACCUUGACUACCAUGCCAUUCUACAAUCUGGUCCAAUUCCUCGAGUCUAAGAUGUUCGAGGGUGGACAGGCUCUCCUCGAUAUAAUUCGAGAGCACCUGAACAUAGUCACAGUUGACCGCACUACCACAGCGGAGAAGAGCAUCGCAGCCAUACUGGCCAAUGAGCAAGGCGACGAUGACCUUCCGGCCGAGGACGAGGGUAUUCCUGGACACAACCCUGGACAUCCGCUCACCACUCGCCACGACCCCGAGGCAGAUGCCUCGCGGAUACGACUGGCGCUGGGCCUGUAUCCUCAAGAUCAGGACUUGCAAGAUGACGUCCGCGCAGCACUGCAAGACGAGGACGCCAAAAACGCGCCCAGGCCAGGGCAACAGACGCUGGUAGAGGAGUACGAGCAACGCAUAAAGCGCGAGCCUACAGAGGAUGGACCGUCGCGGGACACAAUCCCUCUACCGCCAUCGUUGGCACGCGACGUCUCUAUGGAAGUGUCCAAGAUUCAGGAAUAUCGGGAUCGAUACAAGAUGGAGGACAGAACAGGAGGCGUGGGCCCUGCGGUCAGCGUCACCAUGUACACCUUUCACAACACGUUUGACAGCGUCAACUGUAUCGACUUUUCUGGCGAUCAUUUGCUUGCCGCAGUCGGCAUGGCCGAAUCAUACAUUCGUGUGUGGUCAAUGGACGGCAGUCCCCUCACAUCUUCGGGUCCUGACCAGAACAUCCAACCAUCGGCAUCACGUCGACUUGUCGGGCAUGCUGGCCCCGUCUACGCAAUAUCUUUCUCGCCCUCUACGACAAACCCAGAUCCCACGGGCCCACCCACAAAUUCACAAUACCUUCUCUCCUGCUCUGAAGACAAGACUAUCCGCCUCUGGUCUCUAGAAACCUGGACUUGUCUCGUCGCCUACCGCGGUCACGACAAUCCCAUCUGGGAUCUGCAAUGGGGCCCAUAUGGUCACUACUUCCUUACCGGAUCCAACGACCGUACAGCGCGCCUGUGGUCAACAGACCACAUCGAACCUCUUCGCAUCUACGUUGGCCACGACAACGACGUCGACUGUGUAAGCUUCCACCCAAACAACCUCUACGUCUUCACAGGCUCCUGCGACCGCACAGUCCGCAUGUGGCACAUCGCCGGCGGCAACUGUCUCCGCCUCUUCACAGGGCACACAGGAAACGUGACAGCCAUUGCAUGUUCUCCAGACGGCAAGAUCCUCGCCUCCGCCGACGACGCCGGGAACAUCAUCCUCUGGACCCUCGAGACUGGGCGACGUAAGAAGCGCAUGCGCGGCCACGGCAAGGGCGGCAUCUGGAGUCUAUCCUGGAGCGUCGAGUCCAGCGUUCUUGUUUCCGCCGGCGCAGACAAGACAGUGCGUGUCUGGGACGUGCUGCAGGAAACCAGCGAGUCGAGCGGCAAGGCUGCAGACGGGAGCACGGCGAAAACUGAUGGCGCAUUGGCGACCAAGGGGGCGAGCGGUACGACGGUCUCGGGCGCAAAGAAGGCGGCGAAGGAGACAGGUGUGUCGGCUGAUCAGAUCAGCGCGUUCCCUACGAAGGAUUCGCCGGUCUAUAAGGUUCAGUUUACACGCAUGAAUCUGGUGCUCGCUGGUGGUGCGUAUCUGCCGCAGAAGAUUUGAUGGGGUGGGGUAGGUUCCAAUGGUGCAAGUAGGCGUUCUGGUGGGAGUAAAAGCGGUAUGGAUUUUGCCUCGAUCUUGGGAGUUUUCGAGAUCAGCAUUCUUAGUCUUGGGGUGUGUGAGAACUUGAUCUUUGGAUGGGGAAAUCAUAUAAGACUCAUAACUACCACAUCGAAUUCCUUAUAACUCAUUAUAAUUUCGAGUGAAUUUUGUGUCGAGUGAUGGAUC